AUGGAUAGCCGGUGGAGUCUCCAAGGUAUGACCGCUCUUGUUACCGGUGGAGCCAGGGGGAUUGGGUAUGCGAUAGUGGAGGAACUCGCUGGUUUUGGUGCAAAGAUUCACACGUGUGACAGAGACCAAACUCUGCUUGAUGAAUGCUUAAGUGAAUGGAAAGCGAAAGGGUUUCAAGUCACUGGCUCAGUGUGUGAUGUAUCCUCUCGACCUCAGAGAGAUGGGUUGAUGAAGACGGUCUCUUCUCUAUUCAGUGGCAAACUCAACAUCCUUAUCAACAAUGUUGGUACCCUUGUGUCAAAGCCGACUACAGAGUUUACAGCACAAGAUUUCUCAGGUCAAAUAGCUACCAAUUUGGAGUCUGCUUAUCACUUCUCGCAACUGGCCCAUCCUUUACUUAAGGCAUCAGGAUUUGGUAGCAUUGUGUUCUUGUCUUCAGUAUGUGGGGUUGUCUCAUCUGGUUUUGUAUCUAUAUACAGCUUAACAAAAGGAGGCAUGAAUCAACUGGCAAGGAACUUGGCAUGUGAAUGGGCAAGUGAUGGCAUAAGGGCUAACUCUGUAGCUCCUUGGAUGACAAAAACUCCUCUUGUCCAAAAACGUCUUGACGAUGAGAAAUUUGCGGAGGCUAUCUUCUCAAGAACUCCAUUAGGUCGUGCGUGUGAGCCGCGUGAGGUUGCCUCGUUGGUUACCUUUCUUUGUCUCCCUGCAGCUUCUUAUAUAACAGGACAAACCAUUUGUAUUGAUGGAGGUUUCACUGUUAAUGGCUUCUCCUACAAGCCAGAGGUUUAAACCCUAAAAACACUUCCAGAACAACAAUGUUGUA